GACUCCUCGAAUCUAGGGAUCGCCCAGGAAACCCCAAGCACGGAGGUUAGACGGGGAACCAGAAGGGAAACCACAGCCGACCCUUCCGCAGCGCUGCCAUUGCCAAGGAAACGACCAUGUGCGCGCCUGCAGAGUCACCGGCGAGUCUCCACGGGAUGCUCCCCUGUGCAUUUCCAAGCAGGCCGGGACUCCUCUCGGGCUCAACUAGGCCGACUUCAAUCCGAGCCCCACAUCCCACCCCACAGAUGCAGAAGCCUAUUUAGACGGAGACGUGCAGAACCGAGUGAAACCCCACCCCGGCCUUGCGCGUCCGGGAAAAGGACGAAGCAGCGGCUCCGGCAGGGGGCGCUGUGCGGGGUCUCUCUGCCCUGCCGGUUUUGACCCAUCCCGGCCGCCUUAGUAGGAGCUCCCGGCCCGGCAGUCUCCGAGGCUGCUCGGCCUCCGGAGGGGGGGAGGGAAAUCAGCGGAGCGGCGGCUCCCCCGAGGCCAGGCGCGUCGCCAGGGCAACCGCUUGCCCCCCUCCCCGCCAGGGAUCAUGUUCACCAGCACGGGCUCCAGCGGGCUGUAUAAAGCACCUCUGUCAAAGGGUCUAUUAAUAAUACCAAGCAUCUUCUCGCUACUGCUGGCUCUACUCUUUCAGCAUUAUCAAAAGUUCUUUACCUACAAUCUGCAAGCAGUAAAAGAGGAAUUUCAGAUUUGGAGGCUGCUCUGUGGACGAACAGUGUGUCUUGAUCUUAAAGACACUUUUUGCAGUAGUUUACUUAUCUACAACUUCAGAAUAUUUGAAAGGCGAUAUGGCAGUAGAAAAUUUUCAUCAUUUUUACUGGGUUCCUGGAUGCUAUCAGUGAUGUUUGAUUUUGUCCUGGUAGAAGCUAUUGAAUAUUCUUUUGGCCUCAACAUCAGCAGCUUGCCUUCAGGAUUCUUGGGGCCUGUAUUUGCUCUUUUUGUUCCAUUUUAUACCUCCAUUCCAAGAGUGCAAGUGACACAAAUUCUAGGACAAUUUUCCAUCACAAACAAGACGCUGGUUUAUAUAUUGGGUUUGCAGCUUUUAACCUCUGGGUCUUACAUUUGGAUUGUAGCCUUAAGUGGGCUGAUUUCUGGAAUGUGCUACAGUAGUAGUCUUUUAAAAGUGUACUGCAUACUUUGUAUUCCCUCUGGCAUAGCAAAGAUAUUUGCUCGGACUCUUGAACCAAUUUUCUCAUCGGCGGAGCCCUCUAAUGAAUUUGGAGUUGGAAUGGGAGCAACUAUUGAUAUACAGAGGCAACAGCGGAUGGAGCUACUUGAUCGACAGAUCUUGGUCUCUCAGGUUGCUCAGAUGAGGCGACAAAGACAAGGUGGAAUGGUUAAUUGGAAUCGUUUCUUUCCUCCUUUACGUCACCGACCUAAUGCAAAUUAUUUGGAUAAUCACCCAACUGUGCAGGAGGGACGGCCUCCAGCUGAAGUUUCUGAAGAACAGGUUGCACGGCUCAUGGAAAUGGGAUUUUCUCGAGUAGAUGCUUUGGAAGCUUUGAGAGCUUCUAAUAAUGACCUUAAUGUAGCCACCAACUUUCUGCUGCAGCACUGAUGAAUUGAAUACCUGCAGGGAAGAACUUAAGUUGACACGUGUCAUGUGCUUUCCAGAGGGCUGUAAACAACUGCAGGGUAGACACUUGAAUGUUUAAAUCAAGAAAAAGAAGCUGCCUCUUCACAUGCAAUAUAUUACUGCAGAAAAGAUGGCUGGCACUGGAAAUAUCUUUCCCUUGAAUGGAGUAUACUAGCCAGGUUGCACUGGAAAAGUGUUUGCAAUCAUAAACAUAUGUUAUAUAGCAAUAUUUCUUUUGCAAAAUCGGGUUUAUGUCUUGCCCCCCCCCACCCCCAAAAUCAUCAUUACAUGUUUGAUCAUUUCUGAUAACAAAGAAAAAAGUUUUUUUCUUAAAACAACUGUUUAACACCCCCCCCCCAAAAAAAGUCUUUUGUUUACAUAUAGCCAACAAAGCAACAUUUCAUUUUCUUUUUUUUUUUUUAAAUACUGCAUUUCAUUCAUCUGCUUUAUCAAAGCUUCAAGAAAUGUGCAAACUUGGCCAUGUAAUUUCAAUAAAGGGAGAAAGGACUGAAA